AUGGCUUGUAAUUCGUGUGCGAAAGGAUUUUCUUUGCUUCGUAAAGAGAAAGGCUGCCCAGGCUGUGGAUUCAGUUACUGUUCCAAAUGUUUAGAUAACAAGAUAUUUCUACCCAAAAUUAAUGACACAGCAAAGGUUUGUUGUAAAUGUAAAAGAUUAGCUGAAAAACCUGAUGAACUUGCAAAUGCUGUGCAACCACCAGAUGCAUACUUCAGGAGACUUGGAACAAUGAAUGUUGAACAAAAAGGUAACCAAGCAGCUAACUGUGACAUGGACACCACAGAUCAACUAAUUGCAGGAAGAUUACAAAAACUGAAGGAUUCCAGGACAAACACCAGUGUAACAACAACAGAUGAACAUGUUAAAAAUCGCCUUCGGACUAUUAAAGGUGAAAUGCCAUCAACAUCAGAUGAGGAGAUACAAGCACGUUUAGCCAAAUUAAGAGGUGUUCCAACUGAAACUUUAUGUAGUAAACCAGUAUUACUAGCUCCAGAUACAAGGACAGAACAAGAACAAGCAAAUGAUUUAUUAAAACAGUAUAUGGAACAGACAAAUAUUGAGUCUAAAUACAAAAACGAAUUUGACGACAUUAUGAAAGACAUGGAAUUAAGAAUGAAUAAACUUAAGGGUUCUAAUUCAUCAAGUUCUAAGGAACAUGAUUUAGUAAAGUCUACAGAAGAUGCAGAAUCGGAGGAUGAAGAGGAAACAGUUAGGAAAAUAGUGGAAAAGAUAAAAGCAGAAGCUUCUCUCGAUGAUGAAGAUAUGCCUCAGUCUACCAACGAUGAACUACCAUUUUGUGAGAUAUGCAAUGAAGAUGCUACAAUGCGGUGUUUUGGCUGCAAAUAUUUAUUUUGUCAUAGAUGCUUUGCAGAGCAUAAAGACGAUGAUGAUGGUUGUAAUAGGUAUGAACCUUAUGAGGCUCCAAAAAAAUCAUGA